AUGGCGGGGCCGAGCGAUGGGCCGGGCGAUGGACCGGGCGAUGGACCGGGCGGGUUCCCCCCGCCCCGGCUCCCCGAAGAGGAUGCGGCUGCGGCUCUGCCCCCCGCGGGCCUGCCCGCUCUCCUGGCCUACAGACGCGAGUCCUCGCGGGCACCCGCGCACCUCGAGGCAGAGGAGGACACUGAGCCGAGGUGUGAGUACUGUGGCAGCCUGCUGAGGCCGUUCCCUUUCCCCGAGGAUGUCCCUUUCUCCGAGGACAUGGAAUAUAGAUUCUGCUGCAAGAGCUACCGAGACCUCUACGAGUUCAUCAUGGAGGAGAGGAAGAGGCUCAAGGAUGGCUGCAGCGCUCCCAGAGCUGUCAGCACCCAUGAAUACCAGAGCUCUGAAGCCUAUCAGCUGCAGUCAAAGGAGCAAGAGAACCAGAGGUACCACGAGUUCGCAUUCUCUCCAGUCCCCCCUAGAUCCUCUGAAGCCAGACUGCACAAGGAGGUGACAAGGCAGGAGGAGAGACACCUGUCUAGAGAGUCGCCUGUCCUGUCUUUAGAGCCAACUGCCACUGAAGCCCUUUGGGCUGCCCUUGUUAGAAAAUACCUUGAGACAGACUCCCACGAUGAAGCAUUUCAGCCAGGGAUUCCCACAUCAGCAGAGGUGCUGGGCAGCCUGUGGUGGGCACCGCCAGCCCUCUCUGCUACACACAAGCCCUCCCUGUGCUCUCCAGGUUCACACCAAGAUGGAAGCACAUCGCCCAAGAGCAGGAUGCUGAUGCCUGAUGGAAGCGUAGCCAAGACAGAGGAGGAGCCCAAGCCUGAGCCUGAGCCCGAGCCCAAGCACAAGGAGGAGCCUGAGGAAGAGCACAAGCCCAAAGAGGAGUCUGAGCCCAGGGAGCCUGAGGAGGAGCCCAAGCCUGAACUCGAGGAGGAGCCCAAGCCUGAACUCAAGGAGGAGCCCAGGCCUGGGCCCAAUCUUGGGCCCAAGUCUGAGUCUGAGCCCGAGAAGGAGACCAAGCCCAAAGAGGAGCCUGGGACCAAGCUCGGGCCCAAGCCCAAGAAGGAGCGCAAGCCUGAGCUCAAGCUCGAGAAGGAGCCCAAGCCUGAGCUUAAGCCCAAGCUUGAGCCCCAGAAGGAGCCCAAGCCCGAGCUUGAGGAGCAGCCCAAACCUGAGCUCGAGGAGCGGCCCAAACAUGAGCUCGAGAAGCGGCCCAAACCUGAGCUCGAGGAGCAGCCCGAGCUCGAGCUUAAGGAGCAGCCUGUGUCCUGCCGUGUCACCAGCUCUGGUUUCAGGCCCCUGGGGAGGAAGGGGAGGAAGAGUAAAUUAGUGCAAAAGUACUACAAAAAUGGAAGGAAAUUCCUUACCAUGCUCCCGGAUGGAACCUCACAGUUAUUCUAUCCAUCUGGAAACCUGGCCAUCAUGGUUACACGAGAGGGAGACCAGAUGAUCUGCACAGUACAGGAAGAUGAGCCGAGGACCGCCAAAAUCCGCGCCCUGUUCCAGUCCGACGGCAGGAGCACGUGCUAUUACCCCAACGGAGACGAGUGGAUAAACAUGAGUAUCCAGGGAGGGCAGUAUUUGGACCAAGCAGGCAGCAGGGUGAAAAGGUGGAUGUGGCCAAAGAUGUCACCAGGACCCCAUGUCCCACUGAGCCCCAUCUUCAUCUCCCUGAACCGGCACGUGGGGGUCAGGAUUCUGGCCCAGGACAAGAUCAUCGUCUCCUUCCUCGCCAUGGGGCGACAGGCAAAAUUCAACAUGGGAACCAAAGUGCAGGUCGGUGCUGCCGGCUGGCCGCCUGCCCCGGCCCGGCUGGGCAGGGAUGAGCUCCUGCUGCUUGCCUUCCGGGUGAGGAUCCUGCAGCUCUUCGACAGGAUGCGGGGAUGCAUCAGCUUUCCUUCCAGUGAGCAGUGGAACAAAAUGCAGCCUCCUGCAUACGUGCUGACCCAGGCUGCGAAGAUCCUGGAGCUCUGCGCUGCCGCCGACAUCAGCGAGGAGCUGCGCAGCUCCAUCCGGGCGAUAGUAAACGCACAGCAGCUCUGAGCAGCACGCGUGUGGUGUGAAGCACAGAGGCUCCCCAGCCACGGUGCCUGUACACACUCAGCAAGGGCUCACCUCGGCCCUGCCCUGGUGUGGAGCAAAGGGCAGCCCACGGCUGAUCCCCACGGUCCCUUGGUGGUCUCACUCAGGACAGGCAGUGCCAGCCCACACUGAGCUCACCUUGGAAGUGGAGGCACGAGGGGCCUUUGCUCAGGUCACCACACAGGCACCACUCUGCUGCUCCUGAUGAGGUGGCACCAGCAGGAUGCCCAGGUGUCCCUGGCACUAGUGCUGGUGGCAGCUCAGCUGCUGGUACAGGACAAAGUGGUUCCCUGUGCAGAGAGAGACAAAUGCCCGCCAAGUACCCAAGGCACCUGCGCUCGGCCCCAAGGAGCACCACCUGCAGCCUGAGACAAGGUCUGGUUAAAGCACCGCAAACACCAAGCCCUCAGCAGGUAUUUAGAGGCCCCUGGGCCACAGGGGCUGCAGCUGGCAGUGGGGAAACCUCCCAGCCCCUCAGAGCUGCCUGAGACCUGGGGUUCACCUGGCCAGCUUCCCCCAGGGUGGC